AUGGUUCCCGGUCCCUGUAAGCCAAGGACGACCGCUGCGACAAGCCUUACCGAGACCACAUCGACGGUUGCUGCUGAUACUACCGCUACUACAUCAAUCGAGACGACUGCUGUCACGACCGUGGCGGAUACAACCACUACGGUCUUGGCGGAGCCUACUACUACAACUGAGGCAGAGUCUACUACAACUAGUGAAGCGGCAGGCUGUGUCGAAACUCAGCUGUUUAUCAACCCAAAUUUCGAUGACAGUAACAACGAUAUUGCGCCUUGGACCAGCAACGUCGCCCUCGCCCAAAACCAACCUCAAUCCGGCACCAACGCACUUUCCAUGACAUUCGUCAACGGUGUACCCGAUUACUACAUCAAGCAGACCCUCCAGAAUCUGAGUGGCCAGUACAAAUUCUCCUACUAUUACCGAGUCGUCAGCAUCAGCCAGAAUGCUGAUUACACUUGCAACAUUCAGCUCACGGCUGGAUCUGUAAGUACUUAUGGCGAAAUAGAUGACGGCGUCGGUGGCUGGAAGACAUACAGCGUCAUCAUGGAUAUGGGUGCUGCUACGGUUGCACAGGCAGAGGUGCAGUUUGGUUUGACCUGUUAUGGCGAAUUCACCGGAAUUGAGGUCGACGUGGAUACGCUUGCGUUUACGCGAGUUUGCGACGCUUAG